AUCCUCCCUCUCUUAAUCCCUCAAUUCUUCUUGUUUCUUUUUUGGGCGUUAAAUUGCCUCUGCUAUAUCUUUUCCUUUGAGGCACAUGCAAAAUUUGACUAAGGUGUGGUCCACAUGCAUUCACUGCUUCACCAUACACACACCGAUUAAAAGGUCUGUUAAUAAAAGGGUUGAGGGCAAGGCAAAGCAUAAAACCCAAACCCAAACCCAAACCCAACACCGCUCUCUCUUCAUCAAACUCUCUGUUCCUCAUUCAACGCCCAAAAAAACACAAACAAAACCCCUCUUCAGCUUCACCAUUCAACCACUACUACUUUAAUGGACGAUUCUUACUCCUUGAAACCCUGUAGAACUCACUUACCAGAAAGCCCAAGAGCUCCGAUGGAGUUCCUCUCUCGCUCAUGGAGUGCCUCAGCCCUCGAAGUCUCCAAGGCUCUGGCACCCCCUCCUCCUUCAAUGCCUAUGCAUUUACCUUCAAAAUCCGCCAGUGGGUCAUCCUGUACCACGUCGUCUAUUCCCGAAGACGUCUCCGGCGAGUUCGAGGAGUUCCCUAUUCAUCAUGGGAACGGAAACCACUUCUCUUUUUCUUCUACCGCCACGUCUCAGCUGGUGCUUGAUCGCAUAAUGUCACAAUCCGUCAGAGAGGAGGUGUCGCCGUUGACGUCCGGGAGGCUUUCACACAGCAGUGGGCCUUUGAACGGCGGGUCUUUGACGGAAACAGACAGCCCGCCGGUGUCGCCUUCGGAGGAAUUCGACGACGUCGUUAAGUUCUUUCGAGCAAAUCACAGCAUUCAGCCCUUUUUCACCAACGGCCGUGCAAGUGCCGGAAAUGUCGCUGGAACAGCCGGCGGAGCCUCGAAGACGGUGGGCAGGUGGCUGAAGGACAGAAAAGAGAAGAAAAAAGAAGAGAACAGAGCCCACAAUGCCCAACUCCACGCCGCUGUUUCGGUUGCUGCAGUGGCAGCUGCGGUGGCCGCUAUUGCAGCUUUCCAAGCUGCUUCUUCCUCGACAAAGAAGAACGAGCAGUCGGCUAAGACGGAUAUGGCGGUGGCCUCGGCCGCUACCUUGGUCGCUGCUCAGUGUGUGGAGGCGGCGGAGGCAAUGGGGGCCGAAAGAGACCACCUUGCUUCGGUCAUUAGCUCUGCUGUCAACGUUAGAUCCCAUGAUGAUAUCUCUACUCUUACCGCUGCGGCAGCCACAGCUCUACGGGGAGCAGCAACACUCAAGGCAAGAGCACUAAAGGAAGUAUGGAAUAUAUCAUCUGUGUUACCAGUGGACAAAGGAGCAGCAACGAAAGGCAACAUGCAGCAUACAAACGGCGGUCAUAACCAAGAGGCAGAGCCUCACCAACCUGAGAAUUUCCACUUCGCCCACACCCAAGAUCUGCUUGCAAGAGGCACCGAGCUUCUCAAGCGCACGCGCAAAGGGGAUCUUCACUGGAAAAUAGUGUGUGUUUACAUUCACCGCAGUGGGCAGGUGAUGCUGAAGAUGAAGAGCAAACACGUUGCAGGAACACUGACCAAAAAGAAGAAGAAUGUGGUGGUGGGCGUAUGCAAGGACGUGGCAGCAUGGCCAGGACGACACUUGUUCGAGGGCGGAGAGAAGCGGCGUUACUUUGGGUUGAAGACAGAAAUGCGAGGCAUAGUUGAGUUCGAGUGCAGGAGCCAGAGAGAGUACGAUCAGUGGACACAAGGUGUUGCAAGGCUCCUUUCCAUGGUAGCUGAUUCAAAGAGCAGAUAUUAGAUCGAUGAAAGUGGUUGGUUUGAGUGUACACAGGAGGGAGGGAGGUAGGGAGAUGUGAAUCAGUUGUGGCAGCAAAUCCCAAUAAAAACCAUUGUUUUUUGGUUUCAACGAUCAUUAACUCAUCAAUUGUGGCAGUGUAUCUACUUGCAAAUUCACACAUAACUCAUCAAUUCAAACAAAAUCCACGCCUCUUUCAACCAAUUGUUUAGUCCAA